UCCGUUUCCAGUCAUUACUGAAUCGCUGCAGGCGACUGUGGCACACGAUACGCACUAAUUAAAAAGAAAAACAAACAGUGUGUGUGCCUCCUUUCAAACACACACAGAGAGAGAAACACACACACACACACACAUAUAAUAAAACAAAGUCUAUUUAUAUAAUGUCUUAAACUAAUUGCAUCGCGCACGCAGGGGUGCCUCGGUUUCUCUCCCUGGUCUCUCUCUCUCCGGUCUCUCUCCCUGGUUUCUCUCUCCGGUCUCUCUCUCUCCGGUCUCUCUCUGGUUUCUCUCUCUCUCCGGUCUCUCUCCUCCGAAGCAUGUUUGAGGACCAAGGGCCGCUUGAACACACAAGUUACUCGUUUUCACGACCGGUUAACACCUCAUUAACAAACUCUUCAGCAAGUCAGUGCGGGUGUUUCCCGUUCGUGGACCGAAUAUGCCUGCCAAGCCUGAAGGCUUCUGGGAAACGUAGUUUUUUCAAGCAAAUCGCUGUUGUCACAAAAUAUGCUGAGAAGAAUUAUUAUUAUUAUUUAGCAGACACCUUUAUCCAAGGCGACUUACAGAGACCAGGGUGUGUGAACUAUGCAUCAGCUGCAGAGUCACUUACAACUACGUCUCACCCGAAAGACGGAGCACAAGGAGGUGAAGUGACUUGCUCAGGGUCACACAAUGAGUCAGUGGCUGAGGUGGGAUUUGAACCGGGGACCUCCUGGUUACAAGCCCUUUUCUUUAACCACUGGACCACACAGCCUCCUUAAUUAUCCUGAGGAUGACGUAUUGACCUUGUUUGACGUCACCACACCGUCUAAAUAAUGCAAACCCCAAUAUAGUGACUGUAUAGUCACGCUGCGGGCGACAGACAGACAGACAGACAGCGGCUAUAUUUAGUUAAUAUAUAAUCAAAUUAUUCAAUAAUAAUAAUAAUAAUAAUAAUAAUAAUAAUAAUAAUAAUAAUAAUAAUAAUAAUAAUAAUAAUAAUAAUAUCUGUUCAGUAAGCUGUGUUGUCAGGGGUAACGAUCAAAGUCCGAACAAUUAUUUUUUUCAAAAAAAAUAUUUUCUUGUCUUUAAAAAAUAGUUUCCUGCAGACUUUUUUUUUUUUUUUCAAUUGAAGUGAAAAAGUCAGGGAUCGUGUGACGUAGCCCGUUUGAAAACUUCCCACGACCAAUCGGAGCCGUGGAUUUAGCAUUCCCUUCCCCCAGAGAGAGAGAGAGAGAGAGAGAGAGACAGAGAAAGAAAGAGAGAAGCGAGUUGAUUCAGCCCAGUCCCUUCGUUGCGUGAGCCGAGCGAGCGAGCGGAGAGAGAAUUAAAACAUAACAACAGCCACAAACGACGGCGAUCAUUCGCCAAAUAGCUAUUGAUCAAUCGAUCAGUUUGACUAAUUGAUCGAUUGCUUCCAAGGCGCACAGACCUAGUAUUACGAGUCUAAUUGAUGAAUUCACAGGGACUCUGCAUCCGGCAAUACUAAGCAUAGCUACAGGUGGUUACUUUGCAAUAGUGAGUCUGCAGGGAGAGAGGGAGAGAGGGAGAGGGAGAGAGGGAGAGAGGGGGAGGCGAGUUGGAGAGGGAAAUGGCGAGUCGCAAAAGUGUCCUGAACUCACCGUGGUCCGGGAACGAGCGCGUCCGGAUCGGCGAGCGCUUUCAGGCCAGUCUGGCUGGGAUAAUCGAGCUGGAACUGUUGAAGUCGAAGCACUGGGAGAGAGUGGAGGCGGCGCUGGGACGAACCGGGAACCAGUACGGAAAAGAGGGAGAGUGCGGGGCUGGAGAGUGCGGGACUGGAGGGCAAAACGAUGAGCAGCUCCGGUCUCGCCCCUCACUGGACAGGCUGCGGGAUGGAGUGUCCACUACACUGGACCUCUCCCAGUCCCAGGACCUUCUGGACAGGUCCAGUCUGUCUUCAGAACCCCUGGAGAUGGACAAAAGGAGCAGCACCCACACCGAGACCGACACCAGCGACUCCCGACCCAGCUCCGGUUUCUAUUCUGUGAGUGACAGCUCUCUCUCUAACUCCUGUGCCUCUGUGCUCAGCGAGGGGCCCGGGGGAGGCUCCCUGGGGACUGUGCCCCCCCGACCGCGCUCCACUGACGACAGUGCCACCCACUGGCCGGAGUUCAGACUGCAGCCUCAGAAGCAGCCUGGCGAGCCGCACCCAGAGAGAGAGAGCCGGAGACCCGUCUCUACAGGUGAUCUGGAGUUGCUCUGUGGUCUCCUCUCCCUGGUUACCCUCGGCCCCCAGCCCCCCCGCGGGGUGAACCCGCCCCUCCAGACCCUGGGCCUGGACCGCCGGUACCGAUCGGACCUGAUCUCCCGCAACACCCACGAGGUCUACCCCUACCCCAGCCCGCUGCACGCCGUGGCCCUUCAGAGCCCACUGUACACCGAGGUCCAGCAGGGGGGCCCCGAGGACCUGAUUGAAGACAGUGGCUCCACGCGAUUGGCUCCCGGCCCUGCCACUCAGAUCCCCAGGAUCAGGCCCCUCCCCACAAACCCCACCCCCCCCAGGGCUAACCCCAAGCCGCCCGGAGGUGCUAGACCCAGUUCUGUGGGCUCCCUGGCCCAGCUGGGCUGCUCCGGAGUGGACCGGUACAUCUCCCAGCUGGUUCUGAGGUCGCGGUGCCGGCCAGAACUGUCAACGCACCACAAGAGCCUGUCAAUGUCCUCCAUAAGCAGCAGCAGUACCUCCUCCACGGUGGUAGGGGGCGCCCUCCCCUCCCUCCACUCCCUCCACUCCCUCAGCUCGCUUGCCACUGCCGGACCCGGGCACUGGAAAGCCAGGAGGCGAAUUUCCACCUGCGUCCCGGCGGCCGGUGUCCGAUCCCCGGAAAGAAUCUCCUCUUCCCAGCUGCCCGAGGGCUCCCGAAAUUCCUGGGUCUCUUCCCGCUGCUCCCCGGAAGAGCUGUCUCCAGGAUCCAGCGCGGUCUGGGAAGAGGGGAUCCCGAGAGAGGAGGAGGAGGAGGAGGAGAGACCCCCUCUGGGAUUAUUAUCCCAGAGGAAUUUCUCCCAGAGCUGCCUGGUGCGCGAUCCCGUCCUCCACAGACGCUCCUACGAGCGCGCCGGCUCUUUAAGGUGGACCAGCCUGGAUGCAGACCGGCUGUAUCAAGGCAAGCAUGCCUCCAGGGAGCUGAUCAAGGCUUCCACCUUAAGCAGCUUGAACCUGAACAGAGGCAGCUGCGUUGCUGAGCCGUGCCUGAAACACGCUGCCCAGGGAGAGAGCCGCGACGGAGGGGAGCGCGACCGGGACCGCCCCCCUCCCAAACCCAGCCGGCCCAGCUUCUGGGAGAGGCUGGAGGACCUGGUGUCCGGCUCCCCGGAUCGGGACUCUCCGUCCCGGGACAAACAGGCCGGGCUGCACCGGAGCGGCUCCCAGCAGGU